AUGGUAACGGGGAGGAGGUUUAAAAUCGCAGCAGUCCUCACAGUGAUUCUCAUUGUGAUUCUCUUGUACCAUUUUGUGGAUAUCCCAAAAAGCUCGUCAAAAGUACUCCGCACAUUAUAUGAUUUCUACUUGAGACACCGAACACCUGAAUUGCAGAGAUUCGUGGUGGACACUGGUCACACCAAAGAGAAGCGUCAGGAACUUCCAAAUUUGGAGAAUAUCGCUUGGCCAAAACGGGAUUAUUUAAGUGUUCCACUGAGCUCUUCGGGUAUUUGUCAAUUGCCCUUCGAAGUCCAAUACAGUCGUGGACAAAUGCACACCAUGUGGAAGCUGUUCAAUACAUUUGCAAACGUAAUGGAGGAGCUCGGUUUUGGUGACAGAUGGAUGCUCUACGGCGGCAGUCUGCUUGGAUCUUUUCGGCACCAUGAUAUCAUCCCCUGGGACGAUGAUGUUGAUAUUCUUGUCGACAGGGAGGUCAGAUCGGCACUGUGGGAGAAGAUGCGUGGCCUCAAGCCCAAUUAUACCAUCAUGAAGGGUGGUGAUAGGGACAAAAUUUAUGCAAAAUUAAUUGUGCCCGAAAAUACUCUACUCGAUAUCGAAGGUAGUCGCAAACUGAGUCAAUACCAAUGGAGCUGGCCGUUCCUGGAUAUCGGUUACUACGUCUCUAACGUCACUCACAUCAGGGAAAUUGCACGGGCAUAUGGACGAUCCUACAUCUACGCAAAGUCGGAUGUCUUCCCACUGCUCUUCAGACCGUUUUACAAAACCUGGGCUCCGGCGCCAAGAAACACCUUUGCAUUCAUAGUGGAAACCUACCCUGGCAGCAGUAAUUGCACUUCUUUAGACUGGUCUCACGUCUUUGAGAUUGAGAUGAAAAGCCAGACAGUACCGUGUGCCAACCUGGCGGAAAAAUAUGCUUUCGUCGAACGCAGCCCCCUCUUCAGUUCUGCCCAGGGAGAUAACGAAACUUUGAAAAAAUUAGGUUGGGUCCGCGAAAAACUAGUUCGCGGUGGCAAGGUCAUUCACGAACUGGACUUGGUGGCGACUCGAAGAGAAGCCUACGUAGAGACCUAUGCACUACGGUUGAAGUCCAGGCCUUGA